UUUAUUGAGGGUAGAAGAUUUCACAAUGUCGAUGGUGUACAGUAUCCAUUGCCUAAUGAUGACGAAGAAAAUGAUAGAUUACAUACUCAGCAUUUCUUGUUUAGAUAUGUAUGGCAGAACAAUUUCUCUUCACCUGUUGAUCACAUUUUAAGUGACCCUAAUGCAAAUGCCCAAGUUCUCGAUGUUGGUUGUGGCGCAGGUUCUUGGACACUUAAAAUGGCAACAACCUAUCAGAAAGCCAAUUUUAUAGGUUUGGACAUGACACCACAUCAACCUCUAAAAAUCAAACCACGUAAUGUUUCAUUUGUUCAGGCAAACGUAUUUGGAGGGCUUCCAUUUGAAGAUAAUGUAUUUGAUUUUAUCUACCAUCGAUUAUUAUUUACUGGAUAUCCGAUGGCCAUAUGUGAGAAUGGAAGGCUUGGAGAAGUGGCGAUAGAUAACUCAAUGUGUGUAAUGAGAGACUUGAAGACACCAUUAAUGAAUACAUUGCAAGUAUCUUCCGAAGAGUACGAUGAGCUUUGCAAAACGGCAACAGAGGAAAUAAGAGAGUUAAACUCUUAUUAUCCUAUGAUUCGUGUUUAUGCGA